AUGGACUUGGGAAUCGCCCAAUGGAACGACUCACGCGGAGAUCGACCACAUUCUCACCAACCGAAGGUGGAGCUUGCUCGAUGUCUCAGUAGUUCCAUCCUUCUGCAGUGGCUCCGAUCACCGCCUCCUUCGAGCGAAGAUACGAUUCAGUCGCAGGCUGGAAAAGAAAGUCUGUCACAGUACUGCAAGAAGAAAUUUGUCGUUUAUGAGGAGGACCCAACGUACGACUACGACCGGCUUCUGAAAGGAUUGCGAGCUUGCGGAGAAUGUGCCUCAGUGACUUCUGAAAAGAACUUGGAGCGCAUUUCGAAGACCACCAGGGAACUGCUCGAAAGAAGAAGAUUUCUGAGGCAGGAUCCGAAUGCAACUCAUCUCGAGCGACUGAUAGCCAACGCCAGUUGCAGAACAGCCUUGCAGGAGGAUCUCAGAAAGUACAGGCAAGCCAAGAUACUGGAAGCAGCCGAAGUAAGACGAAGUCUCAAGAAGUGCCGAAGGGACCUCUGUGAAUAUCACGUACCGCUGGCUGCACUAUUAAACGAAGACGGGACUCCCACUUCUUCCCGAUACAAGAUGGGAUCUAUCGUGAAGAACUACUACACCAACCUCUUCCGCUCAUCAACACCCGUGCCGAUGCCCGUUGUUCCCACUGGAGACGUACCACCACGAAUUCUACCUGCUGAAGUGCGCACGACGAUUCAGACCAUGAAGACAUCCACGGCUCCAGGACCAGACCAUCUUUCCGUCGAAUUUCUGCGAGCCGGAGGACAACGUCUACACGAGAUUCUCGCGUCGCACCUGACAUCUUACCUUCAGAAGGAGAGGAUUCCCAACCAGUGGAAAGAAUGGUGA